AUGAUGAAUGGUGUGGCGUUGAUUCUGGUGGUCUUCUCCCUCGCCGGCGCCGGCGUCUGGUCGCCGGAGCCGCCCAAGCCGGGGGUCAUUGCCGGAGAGCACCGCCCUCCGCAGGGCGGCGGCGAGAACACCGUGAGGGAAGGUCACCGUCUGAUCAUCCUCGAGUACGAGCGCGAGGCUCCGCAGCGCCGCCCGCCGCCGCUCGAUGCCCCUCCUGGCGGCGGCCUGAGCGGCGCCGUCGAGGAGGCGAAGGAGAAGCUGGCGGAGGCGGUUUCCGUCCUGCCCAACCUCGGCCAGGGCAUCUCCACUCCUCUCGCCGGCGAAGCGGCGAAGGGGGAAGCCGCCAUGGCCUCCGGCCACGGGACCAAGGAGAUGAUCUGCGACGCCUACGGCGUCUGCAAGGAGAAGCUCGCGGGGAUCUUCGGCAAGUCCAAGGAGAAGGCGGCCCGAGUGCAAGAGGCCGUCGGCGGCGCCGCCGAGAAGGUGAAGGAGGCGGAGGAGGGUUUCGCCGGGAAAGUCUUCGAGACGGCGGAGGAGGCUGUGGAGAAGGUCCGGCAGGUGGGGACGAAGGCGGAGGAGAAGGCGAAGGAACUGCGGAGAAACGUGACCGAGAGAGCCGUGGAGGUGAAGAAGAAUCUCACGGACAUAGUCCACAGGGCCCACGAGGUGGUCUACGACGCCGCGGCGUACGUCUGCACGGCGGAGACCGCCGCCGUCGCUGCGGCGGUGGCGCAUCUUCUGGCAUUUGCGACGGCGUACGGGGCCUGCGUGUGGGUGACCUUCGUCUCGAGCCACGUGCUCGCCGGAGCUCUCUCGCGGCACCAGUUCGGGAUCUUGCAGAGCAAGCUGUACCCCGUCUACUUCAGGGCCAUGGCGUACGCCGUCGGCGGCGCCGCCCUGACGGCGGCGGGGAGAUCUCAGCGCUACCUCCUUCUCGGAUCCCUGGUUCUCGUCCUCGUCAAUAUGCUAUUCCUGGAGCCCAAAGCCACAAAGGUCGGCUACCCACCAUCCCUCUUCCCCUUUCUCCUGCUCUCUUUUAAGGCCUGCGAGUGACCGAGUUCUCCCUGCAGGUGAUGUUCGAGAAGAUGAAGAUGGAGAAGGAAGAAGGGAGGGGGCGGGACAUGGCGGACCUGGGGAUGGAGACGACGACUUCCACGACGGCGACGGCGACGGCGACCCCUACCACGGCGACCUUCGGGGUGACCAGGACAACGGUGACCCAGGAACCGUUGACAGACAAGGAAGCGGCGAAGAACCGGAUCCUGAAGCUCGACAGGAAGCUGAAGGCCCUGAACACCUACUCUUCCUUCCUCAACGUUCUCUCGCUAAUGGGCCUCACGUGGCACCUCGUACACCUCGCCCGGGGCAUGCAGGGUAGCUGCGAAGCUGUCGGAGCACAUUAA